GGUUGUAUUUGCCUAAAGCGCCAUUAAAAGACAUGGCAUAAUAAUGGCCUUAUGUAAGAAAUUAAAUUUAGGGCUUUAAAUGUAAAUAAAUACAAUAAUUAUACUCGUUAGUGGUACCUCAUAUUACCUCUCCGGACCGUUCCUUCAGAGUUUGUGCUAUUAUAGACGAUCUUUGCCGUUCGCCUUGUCAACAGACGAGGAGGCUCCAACUCUGCUAGCCUAGCUUCCACUUUAGCAGAUGCAUGCUACACAAACGUUUUCCGGUUUAACAAAAACGAAGAAAAGAACGAGCUGACCAUCAGCACUCUGGACAGUUUGACGGGCAGCGACGGAGUGUUUUAGGACACGCUCAUGGCGAAUUCAAGCCCACGGAUGGAAACCGAGAGGAUGGGCUUUGGAGAUGACGGUGGAGGAGAGCGAGGCCUGCUGCAUGUCUGGAAGGGCUACUCUUACAGUGUGAUCCCCGAGAAACUGCUCCUUCCCCAGUCUGUUCUCCAUGUAGCUCUGGGCAAAAAUCAUGGCGUUUUACUGGUGAAAGGUGGUCAGGUGUUCACUUUUGGGCACUGUCCAUGGAAGCAGAGUCAAGUGGCAGAGUUUGAGGCGCCCACUUUGGAGAGUGCGCUCAGUGGACAGCGGGUUGUCGCUGUAGCUGCUGGAAGCUUGCACAGUGGGGCGGUCACAGAGGACGGCGGCGUCCACAUGUGGGGCGACAACAGUGCCGGACAGUGUGGCUUGUCGGGCCUCAGCACCGUCCCCAACCCGACUCCAAUCGUUCUGGCAGAGUCUGACUGUAGCUCCUUGCUGACGGUGCCUGUAGUGGAGCUCGCCUGCGGGGAGCAGCACACAUUGGCACUCUCGGUCCAGCAGGAAGUGUGGGCUUGGGGCAGCGGUUGUCAGCUGGGAUUCAGUGCCACAAUUUUUCCUGUCUGGAAACCUCAAAAGGUUGAGCUCCUGGCAGGCCGGUUUGUACUUCAGGUGGCCUGCGGGGCUUCGCACAGCCUGGCACUGGUGCGCUGCCUGGGCCCCCAGGACAUCCAACGGCCCCCUCCAGACAAAUGUGGGCAAUGUAAGCAGCUGCUGUACACCAUGACAGACAAGGAGGAUCAUGUCAUCAUCUCUGACAGUCACUACUGCCUGCAUUGCUUGGAGCAUCCCAAGGAUGAGGAGAGGCUUAAAGCACCUUCUAUAACUCCUGGGCUCAAGACGUUUCCAUCAGAGCCUGCCCUUUCUUCCAAAACCUCUGCAUCACCCCCUCACUUGGUGUCUCCAGCACCUGUCAAUAACAAUAACCCCUACCACAGUCAAAAUUUGGAGACUCAGGAGUCAUCUUUGGCUGGGGAGAAAUUGCCUGUUUCAGACUUUGACCCCUCAGGGUCUAAGUCUAGUGGGACCACAAGUGUCAAAUGUUCACCUUAUCCAGAUGAGCAGGCAGUUAAAGAUUACCUGAAGAAGCUCUCAGUUAACACUCAGGCUGAAAGAACGCCAAAGGUGACAAUUAGAGGACUGCACAACCUGCUGCCCUCAGCAGCCGGAAUCAUCAGCGCCUCAUCCAACAACCCUCUCAACAACCUGGUUGCCUCAUGCGCUUCAGCAGUUGGUGAAAGAGUUGCCUCCACGUAUGAGGCAUUGUCCCUCAAAAAAAUGAUGAAUCUCUAUCUUCCCACUGGAGCAUUGUCAAGCAAGUUAAGCGGGCCAGUCAGGCUAACGGGGGCUGUUCCCGGAGCAGGUGACAACACCACCGAGCGUGUUCGACAGGAAGACUCUGUGCAGGCCAAGAAGAGUUCCAGUACAGGGGAUAUCCACAAGGAGGAGGCGGAACACAUGCACCGCCGCCUCUCGCUCCCGGGCCUCCUCUCACAGGUGUCCCCACGGCUGUUACGUAAGGCUGGGCAUUCUAAGAUAAGGGCCACAUUGCUGACGUCAUCGGGAAUGGCAGCCCCGGCAGAUCAAGAGGUGCUGCCCUCCCUGCAAACAGAGGUGUGGAGCUGGGGCCGUAGUGAACAUGGUCAGCUAGGCCAUGGGGACAACUUGGAUAGAUUCCAGCCGCUCUGCAUCAAAAGUCUCAAUGGAAAGGAGGUGGUGCGAGUAGCAGCCGGUGCUCAUCAUUCCCUCGCUCUUACUGCCCAAUCACAGGUGUUUUCAUGGGGAAGUAAUAGCCUGGGUCAACUGGGCCACAUGGAGUCCCCGAGCACAGUCCCUCGCCUCGCCAAGCUGUCAGAGGGAAUCCGGGUCUGGGAUGUGAGCGCCGGAGAGCGUCACACUCUCCUGCUUGCUGAUGGAGACUGCAUCCAGCCCAUCCUUUAUUACAGUGGCGAACAGGUGAAGGAGGACACCCAGGAGAGUAGGAUAAAGAAAGAGGAGGAGGAGCUAUAUGACAGCUACACCCAGCAGCCGGUGCUGCUUCCCUUCUGCAUGAAUUUGGGAUUUGUGAGCAGCGUGUUUGCUGGUGGCCGACAGUGUGUGGCACUCUCAGACAAGAACGAGAUGGGCUUCAUUGCCAGCUUCCAUGAGCUGGCAUCAACUGAGAGGAAGUUCUACUGCAAACUGUGUAGCAUCAAGACACAGGUCUUAAGCCCCUUGCUAGAGCUUGAAUCUCUGAGUUCCAACCUUGGCCCCAUGAUCCUCAGGCUCCUGCAGACGCUUGCCAGUCAGUUUGGACAAUUGUGUCACCUGACUGGGCAGCAUGCAGUCAGUGUCACUGCCAACCUUCGGCACAGCCACAGUAUUAAAAGUCUUUUUGUCCUCAACCACACCAGAAUCUUCCUGGACACCUAUGAUGAAUACUGUAGCACUUUGGAUUACUUCCAGGUGAUGGGAGGCUUCCUGGCCCUAACUAAACCCUCGCUAGAUUUGUUUGGAAAGAGCCCUGAGCUGCUCCAGAGGUUGGCAGAGUGCUGUGAAGGGAACUUGACUGUGGUGGAACUCCUGGUAAUGCUAUUCUGCCUCCCAACACUUCAUCUCCAAGAGUAUGGACGACUGCUGCUCAAACUGGCCACAUGCUUUGAAGUGUGCUCCAAUGACUACCAGCGAUUGCAGGAGAGCUGUUCCAAGUUUGAAGCUCUGGAUCUGCUACUGAAGAGGAGGAGGAAGGAAGCUGAAUACACCUUUCUCUUCUGGAAAGGCUUCCCUGGAAAGAUGACGGACUCUCUACGAAAGCCUCACCGCCGCCUCAUCUGCGAGAGUAGCAACAAAGCUCUGACGCUGCAGAAUGCUGGAAGGUUCUCCGUCAACUGGUUCAUCCUUUUUAAUGAUGCUCUUGUCCAUGCACAGGGCAUGGCGCCUUGUAAAAACCUCUUUUCCACUCAUCAUGUCUUCCCAUUGGCCACGCUUUGGGUGGAGCCUAUUCCAGAGGACGACACUGGCCUGAGUUACGGGCUGAAACUGAUCACACCAGAAGAGAUGUUUACCCUGUUAGCAAGCUCUGCCAUGGAGAAGGCUAAGUGGAUCCGUUGCAUUAACCAAGCGGUUGCUCAGGCCCUGAGCUUAGGUGAGGGACAAAUGAUUGAACCUCCCAUAUGUCGGAGCGCCACCUACACGUUUUACAAGGAUGGACGGCUGAAAGAGGCGACGUAUGAGGGUCGCUGGCUCGCCGGAAAACCACACGGCAGAGGUGUGAUAAAGUGGCCUGAUGGGAGGGUUUAUACAGGGUCAUUUAAGAAUGCACAGGAGGAUGGUUUUGGUGAAUUUGUGGCUCCAAAUAAGACCCUGAACAAGAACGAUCACUAUCAAGGUUUCUGGAAGGUCGGAAAAAUGCAUGGUGUGGGAACAUACAGAUAUGCAAACACUGAGGUCUACGAUGGAUCCUACCAGGAAGGCCUGCGACAUGGCCAUGGGAUGCUACGCAGCGGCAAGCUCAACACCUCCUCACCUAGCGUUUUCAUCGGCCAGUGGGUACAUGACAAGAAGACUGGCUAUGGCGUCUUUGACGACAUCACCAAAGGGGAGAAGUAUAUUGGCAUGUGGCAAGACAACAUGCGACAAGGCACCGGGGUUGUGGUCACGCAAUUCGGCCUUUACUACGAAGGAUCCUUCAAAGACAAUAAGAUGAUGGGCACUGGAAUCCUUCUGUCCGAGGAUGAUACAACAUAUGAGGGGGAGUUCUCUGAUGACUGGACCCUUAACGGCAAGGGAGUGCUGACGAUGGCCAAUGGCGACUACCUGGAGGGGUCCUUCAAUGGUGAAUGGGGUGCUGGUCCCAAAGUAACUGGCUCCUACUUAAAGCCUCACCUGUUUGAAACAGACAAGGAGAAGACUCGUCCUGUGAAGCUAGGCCGUCUGUGUGUGAGCGCUGAGGAAAAGUGGCAGGCAGUGUUUGACGAGUGUUGGAGCCAACUAGGCUGUGAGGCACCCGGCCAGGGAGACAACUGCAAGGCAUGGGACAAUAUUGCAGUGGCCCUCACAACCAACCGACGACACAUUCAGGACAGUCCAGAACUGCUGUCUCGAAGUCACAGCAGAACUCUGGAGAGUUUAGAGGUGAUCCCUCACCAUAUAGGCCCCAUUACUAUGGAGCGAUAUCAUGCUAUCCAUCUUUACCUCAUCAAGGCAUGUGACACCCCGCUGCACCCACUAGGCCGUCUUGUGGAAGCCUUAGUGGCGGUCUACAGGAUGACGUAUGUUGGCGUCGGAGCCAACCGCCGGCUCCUGCCGCAGGCUGUCAGCGAGUUGAAAUCUUAUCUUAACCGCAUCUUCCGGAUCGUAAGGUUUCUGUUCCCAGACUUGCCAGAAGAUGGCGGUAUAAUUCGCGAGCCAGCCGACCUUCAGGAGGAGUCAGGCGUGAAAUUUGAAAGCUCGCCUGAGCAUGAGACCUCGAAGCAGAACAUAACCCUGAAUAUGGAGCGGUCCCACCUCAGCCACGUGGUGAGCGGCUUGGCUCUGCUGCUUCCUGUCCUGUUGCCCCGCCUCUAUCCGCCGCUCUUCACACUCUACGCUCUCGAUAAGGAGCGAGAGGAUGAUGUCUACUGGGAGUGUGUCCUCCGCCUCAACAAGCAACCCGACCUGGCCCUGCUCGCCUUUCUGGGUGUCCAGCAGAAGUUUUGGCCUGUUUCAGUCUCUAUGCCAGCAGCAGCGGAAAACCUGCAGGUUCUGUCCAGCACCAAGGAUACUUGCUUUGCCUCUGCAGUAGACACACUCCAGCAAAUCAGCACAACAUUCACCCCAUCAGACAAGCUGCACGUGAUCCAGCUGACAUUCGAGGAGAUCACAAAGGAAGUGCAGUCACUUCUGAAGCAGGUCUUCCUGUGGUCCAUGGAUGACCUAUUUCCUGUUUUCCUCUAUGUGGUGCUGCGUGCUCGAAUCAGGAACCUUGGGUCAGAGGUCAACUUGAUCGAAGACCUGAUGGAUCCUUGCAUCCAGCACGGAGAGCACGGAAUCAUGUUCACCACUCUAAAGGCCUGUUACUACCAGAUCCAGCAUGAGAGGAUCACUUAAUGCAGCAGCUUCUUUUCUCUUUUACUGAUGCAUGUGCUGUGGCUCCUCCUCCGCCAUCAGCCUAUCACAGGAACUCAGCUGAGGUCACUCAGCAUUCCAUUUGCUGCUUAUAGGAGACCACCUUCCCCCCUUUGUGACAGUAAGCAGCUGUGAUAGUGUUACCACCACAAAUGAACCACUUCAAACUGUCCAUAUGUGAAUCCAUGACGUCUCUUCAGUUUUUUGUGUGGGAUAUGGAGGUGGGCAGCAUUGUUACCUGGGACGACAAUUGAGAGUGUGCAAUUAGUAAUUCUAAGUAUAGUAAUUCUGCUUUUUUUUUUUUUUUUUUUUUUUUCUUAUGUCAGAAGACAUUUUUAUUCCUACAGGCUCUCUGUGGACAUUAUUUGCAGCCUAUACAACAGUUCAAGCUGUAUUUCUUCCAAGCAGCAAACAUCGGUGAUUGUUGUGACACAAUGUCACCCACGAAUGAAUUCAAAAGAAGAGGAAAAGUAAAGAAAGAACAAUCGAGGGGGACAUGCAGCAUUUGUUCUUUUUCGUGGCAUGUGGCUCUAUUACAAGACAAGCUUUGAAGAAAGACAUCAUUUGUUUUCUUCCCAUUGCAUUCAACAGAAAUGCAGUUGGAAGAAAAUAAAUGAUGGAAUUUAUGGACUGUAGUGUUUAGGUCCACACUGUCGGUACCAAAAAGUGGUACAGAAAGCAUACUGAAGAGACCUGAAGAGGAUAUGGAAAGUUACUAAUCUGAAUCAAACCUGAUGCAUGCAAACAGUGUUAAAGGCACAUUCACAUUCACUCACAAAUGUUCUCUUUUUGAAUGCAGUAACUGCACAGAUUUAUUUGUCGUGUGUCCUUUCCUUUGCAUCUCUGCUUUGUCCUAAAAGGGCUUGAGAGGGAUUAUUUUUUGUUCUCUGACGAUUUUACAGUGGAAGUAAUUUCAACGACUGCUGAGACCUUUAUUUGAAUGACACUAAAAACAGAUGCAGUAUUUCCCGUUCACGUCUUUCUCGACUGAUAAGAUGCAUGUUGUGGAUAUAAUCGAUACACCCCUGUUUAAAUGCAAUAUUUUUUUGAUGAAAAAAAAUGAGACCAAGAUAAAUCAUUUUCAAAGCUUUUUUCCACCAUUAAGAUUACCUAUAACCUGUCCAAAACAAUUGAAGUUGUUUUUCUGUGCACACCCUAUUAUAACUGGAAUGCAGCUUUGUUCAGAAUCAACUAAUCACUUUCAAACUCAUGUUAAAUGGGAGUCAGCACACAUCUUCCAACAUUUAAAGUGCCUUUGAUUAACCCUAAAUAAAGUUCUGAUGUUCUAGUAGUCAUUUCCUAACAUUUUCUUUGCUUUGGAGCAGAAACCUGAAGGUUUUGUGCUGACACUGGUAUUUCGAACUUCAUAAUUCGCUCCACCUUGUUGAAGAAAAACACCCCAAUGCGUAAUGCUGCCACCACCAUGCUUGACUGGAUGUUCUUUUGGUGAUGUGCAGUGUUAUGUUUGUGCCAACAUACCUUUUGGAAUUAUGGCCGAAAAGUUCAACCUUGGUUUCAUCCUACCAUAACAUAAUUUCCCACGUGUUGGAGAUGUUGUUAUUGUCUGUUGUAUAGAUUAUAGGUCACAAUGCUUUUUCUCAUUUUUUUAUAUCGCCAAAAAAAAAGUUUGACCAGGGGUGUUUUUGUGUCCACUUAAUGUGUAAUGAUAUAACACUGACAUGAAGGAAAAGUUUUACCAGUGCUCUGGUUAAUAUGAAUUUUAAGGCCUAUUUAAGACAAACAUGUUUAUGAAGCACUCUUUAAUUUUCUCAUGGAAACCAAUGGGAUGUGACAAUAAAAAUGUUUUGUUGA